AUGGAAAACCAAGAACCAGUGGAUUCUUCUGGAAAAAACAAACAGUUUACUAUUUCAGAGGAGUUAAUUGCAGAAGGAAAAUGGAUCAAGUUUGAAAAAACAACUUACAUGGAUCCUACUGGUAAAACGAGAACUUGGGAAACUGUGAGACGAACAACCAAGAAAGGACAGUCAGCUGAUGGUGUGGUGAUUAUCCCAGUACUGCAAAGAACUCUUCACUAUGAAUGUGUCAUUCUGGUGAAACAGUUCCGUCCACCCAUGGGAAGCUACUGCCUGGAAUUCCCUGCAGGUCUCAUAGAUGAUAACGAAAGCCCCGAAGCAGCUGCUCUGCGGGAGCUGGAAGAAGAAACUGGCUAUAAAGGUGAUGUUGCUGAAUGUUCUCCAGCUGUAUGUAUGGAUCCAGGUUUGUCAAACUGUACCACACACAUCGUGACAGUAACUAUUAAUGGAGAUGAGGCUGAAAAUGUAAGACCCAAGCCAAAUCCAGGAGAUGGAGAAUUUGUGGAAGUAAUUUCCUUACCAAAGAAUGACCUGAUGAAGAGACUCGAAGCACUGGUAACUGAAGAACAUCUGACAGUGGAUGCUAGGGUCUAUUCCUAUGCUCUGGCGCUGAAACAUGCAAAUACAAAGCCAUUUGAAGUGCCCUUCCUGAAAUUUUGA